AUGAAGAAGGCCAUAAGAUCCUUCUUGGGGAUCAAGCACAACGACCUCGACAGGAUCGCGGUCUCCGCAGAUGUCUAUGUUGAUUCCGAUACAGAGAGCGGUCCUGAUGCUUUUCAAGACUGGGAGCAGGAGAAGCAUGACCCUCGCCAUCGAGAAAACGCCCUGAUCCAACAGCACACCUGUGAGUCCGAAAACAUGGAGUCUGAUCUCUGCAGCGUUAUUGAGAGCGGCAGCACUAGCGCAGACCAUAGAUCAAUACGGAACACCAUGAUCUUGAGCCCCCGACCGCAGUUAGAUCUACAGGCUGACAAAGGCGGAGUGAGUCGUGCGAGCACGACUAGCUCGUCCACAAAAUCACUUGGUUCCUUGAGAUCACAAAGGCAGCAACCUCCAACACCUCAAGAAAGAGAACAUAACAAAGGCGUUAAUCCCAAUAUUCGGCUUUGUGGACGACCACAUACUGGUACCCACGGCGGUAAUAGACUGGGCACCAGAGACGACAAAGGGGGAAGCAAUACCGACCCUUCCAAGAGCCCCAAAAACAGAGCAAGCGGAAGAUAUAUACGAAAAGGCACUGGGAGUCUCUGCUCGAUGUCGAAUGCUUUGGCGGGACCUACGUCCACCACUGCCGUUCAGAUGUCUUACAAGGGCCGUACGUCAUUUGUCGCGCCUGUUGACGGGUCCCAACAGCUACCGACGUCUACUUUCAAAACCGACGCUGCGGGUCCGUCGUCGCGCCAUCCUCUACGAUUCGAAUCAGCCGCUGAGGAACAAGAUCGUAUCGAAAAGAAUGCAGACUCAAGUUUGUCAAGGAAAAAGAAUCGUGCGCCUUCGUUCAUUCAGCCGGAUAUAGUAGCUUCAUCUUCAGUACAAAGUUCUCGUCUUUCCCCCGUUGGCGAUCGCGCCAACGAAAUGCGCCAUCGACCCAGGACUCCGUUUCCUCCUCUUCUUUUCAAUAGCAAUUCUUUGGCGUCAUCUUCGGCCGGUUCCGGUGGCGACGAUUUUGGCGCCGGGAAUGACGCCGGGGCUGAAACGGAGCGGGCAGAGAGAAUAACCCGCAAGUGGAGCAAUCUUGGAUAUAUGCACCAUUCUCGAAGCCAAAAUGGGCCGAAUCAUCGUCCGCUGGACCAAGAACACGAGCGCUGGUCGCUUGGUGCUAAAGACCGGCUCGGAGAACAAGUACCUGGGACCAGUGGCGACCAACGUCGAAAUCCCGCACAAGAACGCCUUCAAAAUGCAUCGAGCAUAGCAGGCCAUGGUGUCUUCAAGUUGAGAUCUCUACAGAACUCUAUAUUGUUCACCAACAAAGAUGGUCGCCUGCGCCUUCAGAGCCAAGAUAAAUGGGUUCAGUCUUCAAACCCUGUUACUGAUGGAUCCGACCUUGACAAAGAUGUCGCGAGAAAAGAAAACGAGCUUUAUCAGAACGACAUGCAGCUGUACGUGGAUAUUCAAUCAGAGUGCGUCGUGGGCUUUCUGGAUCGCGUGGAAAGAGAGCAUGUACUCGAGCAGCAGGCGCACAAAUACGCGAAGAUCAUGCGAACAACUCGCAAGAUGGCGAUCCAGACAGCCGCCAUGAGGGAGGAGUUCAUGGUGAUCUUCGAGCAGAUCGAGGCCUUGAACAGUAACAACAAAGGCAGUAGGGUUAAAAUUACAGACAGAAGCGUAGGAGCUGCAUCAGUGCCGACUCGGACACCUGCGCCAAAGCAAAGCCAACAAAGACAAUCCCUGCCCACUAGGAUUCCUCUACCUACCACCAAGUCGACAAUCACCGAUGCGAAGCGGAUGUCCAAUAACACCUCCCACAGCAAGACAGCGCGUCGUAUCAGCUCGAAUACGCCUCGGUCUGGAGGAUAUUCAUCGUAUGCGAACCAGAGGGAAGGAUCUGUGGGUUAUCAAGGUCUGGCUUUAGCACCCACGGUUGUGGUACGCCCCGACAGCAGAGGGAUGGGUGUGGUUGCAUUAAAUGUCGAUACCGGCGCCUUGGCACAAACGGUUCGCGAAGGAAAGAGACCUAUUCGCGACAAUGAGAACCAGGGCAACAGUGCGAACAGCGGCAAAGGAUGGGAUGUCACUCAGUACAGCGGCAUGUUUAAUGGACUGCUGGAUGAGGACGAGGCCAAAAGACUGGAAACUACAGGAUCGACAAAGAACCAGACAUUGGCCAAGAACUCGUGCGCUGGCUCAUCGAAAGAUAGUGCCGACAGCGAGAUACCCCCACAGCCUCAGUUCUGCGCCAGUUGUAACGACACCCCAUAUAUGAGUCACAAUCAUAGCCGGGCCUCUUCAACUCGCGGUCCUAUCAAAAAGCAACCCAGAUCCGUCAAGCGUUGGUUGCAUCGCGCACGACUCAGGAUCACGAAAGUGAAGCGGCUUUUCACUCCAGCAAAGAACCGAGACCCGAGUGGGGAAUCAGAAUCUAUCGCUCCUGACAGCUCAUUGGACGUCCAGGUGAGCUUUCAGGGUUUAGGAGAAUAUCAACAAGGAUCGUCGUCGUUUCGGCAGUCUCGCAAGGUUAUGGAGGAGCACACAGUUUCUCGACAGCAGCAACCGUUAAGCAGCUACCAGCCCCUUCGACGCACAAGGAGUGUAGAUAUGCCUCUGAUUCAGCCUGUCGGGAUGGGCUCUCUAUUCAUGGUCAUGGAUAGGAUGUCGUGGCCGCCACAGGGACCGCUUCACCAAUCUAGCGCGUCGUUUACAGACUCCAAAGAGGCAAGAACAUUGGAAGCAGCCACAGCAGCAUCGCACGUACUAGAAGGUCAUACUGAUGGCCUGCAUUGGCCGCAAACCGACUUGUUAUCCGAGGGUACCGAAAUCGGCUCAAACGCCGAUGCCGCGUUAGGAGAUAUGUCUCCUGGAAUAAGCAAGCCUUCAGCUUCGUCUGCUACAUGUUCACCCUUGACCAUCCUCCUUGCUUCAUCUGCUAUCGCCACUCCAACUUGCGGUAGCAUCUCUUCAGUACUCCAUAAUACAUCCACAGACACGAAUGCCCAAGACGUUGUAACACCGAGAUCCUCUCCGUACAUGAUCAAUGGCCUGACGUCCGAGGAACUAAUCAACAGCAUCCGCUUCGAGUCCGACCGCGAGGGUUCGCCAGGGUAUUACGGUCCCCGAGAAUACGAGCGUGAUCAAAAAAAGAAGCAUCUUGCGCAGUUGGCAGAGAGGCAGCAGCAAAAAUCAGGAGGAUCAGGGUCAUUUACUACAUUACCGUCGUCGUUUCGUCGUUCCUUGUCUUCACUGGCCCUUUUCAGUGGGGGAUAUGGCAGCGGGACGACUACGAACGAGGUUGGACAGCCUGGCGCUGAAGAUAAGAGCUUGUGGAUCAAUAGUAGCGGCGGUGCAAUAUUGGAGACGGUCUUCGGAUUAGCCUCGACGGUGUGGAGGCGAGCGACGGUGUGGACGCGAGUGACGGUGACGUUGGCAAGUACGGUGCAAGCUGCUGCUGUUAGGGAAGAAAACAUGGUUCUGAGCAUGAGUUCAGUGGAGAGUGGACGUUGCGAUAGUACGCAGGGUGGACAGGAGCUAUGA